UUUUUUGGGGAAAUACCAAGAAAGAGUGCCGCCAUCGCUGCGCUGAUUCUCUACCUGGUGAUCAGCAUCGUGGUCUUUGCCAUCACCUGCAAGACAAGAUCGUGGUUCAUGUUGACGGUUGUGCUGACCGGGUUACUCGAGGCUGCGGGCUUUCUGUCCCGCGUGAUGAUGGUGCAGUCCCCCACUUACAUCGGCUACGUGCUGAUGCAGUGCUUCCUGAUUAUUAGCCCCGUGCUGCUGGCCAUUGUGGAGUACAUCUGCCUGGGCAAGAUGACCGGCAUGACCAAGGCGGGUCGGGAGUCCCGACUUAUGCGGUGGCAGUCUCGGCUCUUCGCGCUGUCAGACGUGUUGUGUUUAACUGUGCAAGGCUCUGCGGGCGCCAUGUUGGCGAGCAAGGACCCCGGCACGUCGCUCUUCGGCCGUAAGCUCAUGCUCGCAGGUCUGGCGGCGCAGUUGGUGUUCUUCACAUGCUUCACAUGUCUGUGUGCGUAUGUACAGCGCAGCCCGCGGUUCGGGUUGGGAACGUUGAAGCCAGCACGGCAUGUAUUUUGGACGCUGUACUGCACAAUUGCUCUAAUGUAUGGCAGGAACAUUUUCCGUGUGGCAGAGUUUAGUGAUGGUUAUCAUGGUACCUUGGCGAGCAAUGAAGAGUAUUUUUACGUGUUUGAUUUUAUGCUCAUUUUUGGAUGUUUUCUGUUAUUCGCCGUACAGCAU